CCUGUGAUCCUUUCUUAAUUCUUAUAUCUAAUAUUAUUCAUGAUUUGUUCCUAGUAGUAACAAAGAAAUGGAAAAAGAUAGGCAGGAAGUGGAUCACGAUGAGCUUGCUCUCAAUUUGAACAAGAAUACCAUGACAGGUGAUUGGGGGAAGGUUGUUGAGAUGUAUAAGCAACACACAUUAUCAGCCAUUGAGGCCAGGAUCAACACAUCAGGGGACACGGCAUUGCACGUAGCUGUUUCCAUUGCGCCAGAAGAAAAGGUUCAACAGCUUGUACAUGUAAUUAUCGGUGUUUCGGAGUUGGGUUUAUGGACAAAAAACAAUAAAGGGAAUACCCCUUUGCAUGUGGCAGCAUCAACGGGGAGAUUGAACAUAUGCAUCCUCCUUGCUGCAAAACUUGAUGAGUUUUUGGAGGUUAAAGAUCCAGCGGUUCAAGAAUUUUUUCGUAACAAUGCUGGUGAGAGCCCUCUCUUCUUAGCCGCUUUUCAUGGUAACAGACAAAUCUUCCUUUAUCUCCACUGGUUACUCUUGGAAGCCUCCGACACCAACCUCAAAUCAAUCGAUCCUGCUUACAGAAGAAAUGAUGGUGAGACUGCCCUUCACAGUGCCAUUAUGUGGGAGUAUUUCGAUUCUGCGUUUGAGAUACUUCAAAUGGAACCUAGUCUUGCUUAUGCUGUGAACGAGCAAGGAAUCACCCCUUUGGAUCUCCUAGCAAGUAAGCCUUCGGUCUUCAAAAGUGGUUCUCAUAUUGGAUGGUGGAAGAGCAUCAUAUAUUAUUGUAUAUAUGUUGAAGAGCUGGAGCACAAAACUGUUCGUAAAGAAUUGGUUGAUUUAGUCACUAAGGGGUCUUCCGUAGAAGACAUUACUCACAAAUUCCCAGAGAAUUACCUAACAUGUAUUACGUUCUAUCAAGUGCUAUUGAAGAUGGCUCAAUCCGUGAUUGAAAGAUGCAAAGGCCGGAAUGAAGAUGUAGAGAAUCCCAACGCACAGAACGUUACUGGCCAAUCAGAACGAAAAGAAACAGAAUCUCAAGCUCCGAGAUUAGUUACGAAGCAUGAAUUUCUACGGAGACAUUAUGCGGACUGUUUUAACAUUUUCCGUCUUUUGUACACAAUAUUCAUCCGGGUUAUUCUGGGUUUUGGAUAUGAGGGUAUAAGGAGGAUAAAACAGAAGCAUGUAUAUUCUGUUCAAAUCAUGAAAAUUCUUGUGAAAAGUACAAAAGGUAAAGAAGCUAACUUCGAUUUCACAAGUGGGUCGAAUCCUGGGCAAACUAUCAACCGGCCGGAAACUUGGGGGAGACUACCAUCACAAACAGACAGUCCCAGUGCUCUCCCUUCCGAAACUGAAUUAGAAGAGAAAAAGAAUAUUAGAGGAAAGGAGGAAACGCCAAAAAUGGAAAAGACAGAGACACCCUUACUUAUUUUACUGCCAGAGAAAAGGAAAAUGAGUGAAACCGCAAAGAUAGAGGUACCCAUUUUGGUUGCGGCAAAAGAUGGUAUCACGAAAAUGGUCGAUCAAAUACUUCAAAACUUUCCAAUUGACACUAAUGACAAAAGCAAAGAAAAGACAGAGACAGUCAUAUUGCUCGCAGCAAGAAAUGGUAUUACGGAGAUGGUUGAGUACAUACUCAAAGAGUUUCCAGUGGCCAUUAAUUACAUGAACAAAGAUAAAAAUAUUGUUCUUUUGGCCGCUGAAAGCAGGCAAACACAUGUAUUACAGUAUCUGCUCGAGCAAGAGUUUGUGAAAUGUAAACUAAUUCAUGAAGUGGAUGCGAAUGAAAACAACGCAUUGCAUCUGGCAGCCCAGAUAGGAAAGCAAAAGCCUUGGCUAAUUCCUGGAGCCGCAUUGCAAAUGCAGUGGGAAAUCAAGUGGUAUGAGUUUGUAAAAGACAACAUGCCGCAACACUUCUGCUAUCAAGUCAACAAGGAAGGCAUGACCCCAAAAGAAAUCUUCAACGAAACUCACGAGGAAUUAGUAAAAAGUGGAGGUGAGUGGCUAAACAAAACCUCUGAAUCUUGCUCAGUUGUGGCUGCUCUCAUUGCAACCGUUGCCUUUGCCUCAUCGACCACUAUCCCGGGCAGCAUCAAUGAAACAAACGGGACACCAAACCUUGAAAGCCACUCGAUGCUCACCAUCUUUGCUAUCUCCUCACUCGUUGCUCUUUGCUUCUCCAUCACUGCUUUGUUCUCGUUUCUUGCCAUCCUCACUUCUCGGUAUGAACAAAAAGAUUUUCGUAGAGACUUGCCAAAGAAACUUCUACUUGGCUUAACUUCUCUCCUUGUAUCAAUUACAUCAAUGUUGAUUUCUUUUUGUGCUGGACAUUACUUUAUGCUUAGGAAUAAAUUGAAAGACAAGGCCUUUCCAGUAUAUGCAAUGACAUGCCUGCCGAUAGUCUUCUUUGCCAUACAACAGUUACCGCUCUACGUUGAUAUUGUAUGGGCUAUUUUCAAGAAGGUGCCUCGAUCAAGCAAUAAGGCUGUUUCUCUCUAGGAGUUUCUUCUCUACAUUAUAGAAACUUGUUAUUUUUGAAUAUUUGUACUUCUUCCAUCAAUCGAGAUUGAUGGUGUGCUUAACGAUUGAAAUAAGUUGUUUUCUAUUUUAAAUUAAUAUGGGACGCAUUGUUUUGCUAUUUUAAAUUA